AUGGCGCCCCUCCUCACCCGCAUUGGCGCUCGGCGCUUCACCCUACCCAGUGGUCUGGGUGACGGGGACCUGAUGGUGGUCUUUGACAUGGUCCGUGCCUAUCUCGAGCACGACGUGCACUUGCGCUCUGGCACCGCUGCUGACCGCGCUACCCCCGUUGGAUUCGGGGACUUCACCCUGGCAUUUAACAUGAUGCAGGUAAUGAACGGACUCACCUCUCGUUUGGCAGAGGAGUCCUCGGAGGGACCGUGUAUCGGAGGUGCUUCCCCAUCCUUCACAGAACUCGUUGGUGAAGAACCGGCCUCCCAACCAAGCGCCAACCAACCACCGAUCCCUGAGGGCGGGCGUUGGAUUAACCCUCGUUGCGCGGAGUUGUUAGAAGAGGCCCUAUGGAUGAACCUAGAGACCACUAAGCGUCAGAGGGAGUGGCGAGACCGCAGUAUUACAGAACGCAGGGCGGCAAAGCGCACCCGCCAGACAGCUAGUGCUCUGCCCACCAAUCCUCCUAAAGGUGGCGCAGGCCCCAGCGGUACUUGA